AUGUUCUCAGAUGGCAGCAACAGCUGUUAUUCAGAUGAAACCAAAGAGACCUAUCAAUGGAUUCUUGAAUGUUUAUUGUGUGCUACCAAUGACCUUGCACCAUGUGUAAUAUUUACUGAUUCAGAUACUGGUAUGGUUGCUGCUAUCCAUGGAACACUUCAACAACAAAACAUAAUCAUUUAUCUUGAACAUGUUCUUGGAGUGGAUGUAACAAGUUGGGCAUUAUGUUUUACUCAUCAAUCAUUUAAUGCUGGAAUCCAAUCAAUUCAGCAUGUAGUAAGCUACAAUUCACUAAUUAAACAAUAG